UUUUGUAUUGUUUUUAUUAUAUUAUACUUUCAUAUUCAUAUUGUAAAAAACCUAAACUAAGACCCAAUAAAGGAAUAAUAUUAUAUGAAUGAAAUAGCUUUUUACUUCCACAUUAAGCUUACAUAAAACAGAUACAUUACCUACAUUAUAAAACAGUAUAAAAUAACAAUAAUCUAAUGUGGAUCCCUUUUGGGUAAAAGCUUCCUCACACUUUCUCCAUUUGUCUCUAUUUUGAGCUGUCGUUAGCCAAUCUAUGCCUGCUACUGAGAUGAUGUAUUCUGUCCAUCUCUUUUUUGGUUUUCCCCUGCUGGCCCUGUCCAUUUAAUAAUACUGUAUAGUUGUGACUUGAAUUUUCUAACGCACUUAAUCAGUUUGUCCGUAACUUCUGCCAUUGCAAACAAUAUUGUUAUUUACUUCGUUCCGCGCAACCGCUCCGCCUCCGAUCCGCGCUCAGUGUGACGGGCGAGUGGCCGCGCCCGUGCAGCUUCCGCCCCAUGUGAAUUCAGUCAGCGGAUUGAGGGCGGAUUGAACGCGGCGUCGCGCUUCGGCAGUGUAGCAUAGCUCAUAAUCAUAACAUAACGUUCUGCAUUCCAAGUUGCGCUGCGGCACCGCGCGCAUUCCGCGUCGGUUCCUCUACCGCGUCGAUAUGACGGAGCCUUAAGGUAUUUUUUCAUUGCGUAUUAUCCUUGGGUACACCUUAACUCACGCAUGACCAGGAUUUAAACCCGGUACCAUCGGCUUCAUAGGCAGGAUCUCUACCCACUAGGCCAGAUAGGUCGUUAUUACGCCUUUCAUUGUCUCACUACAGUCGCUACGCUCAAAACUCAUUAGUCUCCUAGGACACUACAAGGGCUGAAUUUGAAUCCUGAUUAAAGAUAGCCCUUGUAGUAAAAAUAACUUUAUAUUUAUCUGCUCAGAAAGAUAAUUUGUUGACGGUUAAUGUAAAAUAGAAACACAAUACGUAGAUGACAUAUAUACGCGAUUAAUAAUCGACUGAACUAAGUAUUAAACAAUUUUUUUAACCUUAAUCACCAGUAAAGUAGUAAAUGCACUAUUUCUUAAAAAAAUAUUAAUUUCAUUGCCAUAUGUGUUCCGCUACCAACGCUACAUAUGUAGGAGGCUAAUUAAGGCAUUCAUAACAACGACGUUUACAGAGAUAGCGAGCAUAACACCACAGGCUAACCAGUAUGUCCACGAAAGCGCUUCGAGUGCUUCAACAUUACGAAAAUAAUAGAUCAGAUCAAGUUAAUUGUUGUACACACUCACACUCAACACUCGAGCAAGCGAAAUAUCCCAAAACUGACUCACCAGCGUAGCGAGUGGUCUGAAAAGUAGAAUUUCGAGGGUUUCAAGGCACGAAAGUUAAACAAAUUUUGUCACCAAGUGGAACACAAAAAAUUUCACCACACUAACGCGAGGAAAAUACUAACUGUAAGGGGUAGUCCUAAUACAACGCGACUACGCGAUUAUCGCAAGUUCGCGAGUUUCGAAUAGGUGUCCUAUUUGGUCGCUUGUUUGAUCGCGCGUUCGCGCAAGUAAAAUUCGCGCGAAUUUGCGAUAAUCGCGUAAUCGCGUUGUAUUAGGACGAUGCCUUUAACAUCAAACAAAAUCAAAUCCAAAUGAACAUUGAAUAUUUAUAAUUCAAAAUACAGCCUCAGCCUAACCACUGAAACCCGUGGUGCGAAAAAGGUUUCAAUGCACGAGGGUUAAACAAACUUUUGCUACCGAGUGAAAAUCAUCACUUUAAAAAUCAAUUAUACCAGCCAACAUAAGGAAACAACUAAAAAUUUGCAUCAAGUUACUUUGCCACCCCUGUGGAUAAAAUGCAACUUUCUCAUCAGUUUUUGAACAAGCAAGUCUUUACGAGCUAAUGUGGUAAAAAAUAUAUUAUGAACAUGCUUAUUGAAAUCGAGGUCUACUUGUGAAUGGCACGGCACCGUGCCCGUUCUAAGCCGCGCGGUCGGCAGUCGGCACUUGCUGACCGACUAGUGCCUCUCUACCUGCCCCAAACUAUUGGCCUUCGCCGCGAUGCCGUUUGACCGGUUCUCUCACUCACACUUAUGGGACAAAAUCUCUCGCAAAUUUACUCCCACUCAACAGCCGGUUUGGCCGUCUAGAGUCUACCACACAUUCGUUGACCCAACGGUCGUUUUGCUUCGUAUGGCUAAACAUGUUGAUACGAACGCGGCCUCAUUCCAGUCUGCAUAAAUAAAUCUAAAUACUUUGUUCUAGAACGUAGGUAUAUUAUUCGGGAGCAAAGUUAUCGAGUAUAAUAAGAAUGAAGGUAUAAUCAUUUAACUAACUGAUGAAAGUUAUCAAACUUUAAGCGGUGCAAAAGUUGUAAAAGUGCACAUUUGUUGUUUAAUGGAAGUGUUUUGUUAUUUACAUAAAAUAAGUGUGAAGUGUUGUUAAUAAAGGUGCUAUGCGUUACAUAAUUAAUUUUGAUUAAGGUUUAAAUUCCACAAUAUGAGCAUGACCCAAGCUCCAUCUAGAAAUAUGGAAUCAUUACCAAAGCAGUUUGUAUCCGCGAUGCGGACGUUAUUCGAUAUUAUGGAUGAUAAACACACUGGGUACGUAAAGCUCACGGAUAUAGAAAAUCGUUGGAGAGAUGACCGCACAAAGGGUUUGCCAAGAGGUGUUAUAGAGAGCCUUCAAAAGGUCGCUUCCCAUGACGGUUUACUAACAUUUGAACGCUUUUGUACCGGCCUUAAAAUCUGUCUCUUGUGCAAUCAAGUUGAAAAAAGUUCUGAUACAGUUAACAGACUUAACGACGAAGAAUUAGGAGGCGGUAAUGUUCAAAUGAGCACCAAUAAUCAAAGCCCCCAUCGGCCGCCUUCAGCGCCCCUACUCGAUGUCGACGUGCAGCAGGACAAGAAUUGGAACGCGAUUAAAAAUACGGAGAAAACAUCACAACAAAGAACUAUAAGCAUGCCCCAGUUGUUAGGCCGCAAAGAUGGCCCUUUCCAAGAUAUGCGAAACCACGGAGCAGCAAUAAAUAAACACGACAGGGUUUUCGCUCCUCCAAAACCGCCAAGAUUAGAGAAAAAUUCAGCAGAAAGGAAGGAACCAUUUAGAAACUUCAAAACAGAUGACGCACCACGCUUUGAGCCUGAAGACAUUGGGGACUUAAAAAUAGACUUUGAGGAAGUAGCUCGGUCGGGAGAGGAGCCCAGUAGAGGCCUGGGAGAUGGAAGACCAUCAAACGACACACAAGCGCAAGGUAUGCGUCGCACGCGCCGUCGCGAGCCUCGGCGACACACCCUACAUAACGGUGUAGACUAUAAUCUCCUUAAACGAAUGAAACAGAUUGAACAAGAAAAGGAUGUGUUGCUACAGGGGUUGAAUGCAGUCGAGGAAGCAAGAGAGUGGUAUUUAAAGCAGUUGGGCGAGGUUCAGGAAAAGAUGCGACAUGCUGGGCGGAUGGGAGCUUAUGUUGAGCCAUGGAGUGAAGCGCAUCAGGAACGCCUGGAGCUGCUGCGGGCGCGAGUGCUGGAGUUGAACCGGCAGCUGGGCGCGCUGGCGGCGGGCUGGCGGCACGGCCAGCUGUCGCUGCACAUGAACCUGGCACUGCCGGCCGCGCCCAACGCGGGCGUGUUCACGUCCGCCACCAAGCAGAAUCGCAUGUUAGCAGAGGAAGUAAAUCGGAAAAAUGAGAGAAUAGCUGUUUUGGAGAGGGAAAAGUCAGCACUGAUCAGAGAGGUGUUAGGACAAAGAACUCGAACAAAGAUAAUGGAUAACUUUGCUUGACACACAAAUUAUAAUUUUUUUUUAAUAAGAUCAUACAGAUAUUUAGGUGCUUUUAGUAAUAGUAAAAAACAUAGAAAUAUAUGUAUAAGA